GUCUGCUUGCAAAUUCAACCGACAAAAUAAUAUAUUUUAUGGCACGCAAUCUGACAGUGGACGUUAACGAGAAACAGUUGCACGUUCUUAAAGGGUUCACCUGGUGAGGAACAGAUAUGGACACCGAGGGCCCAGUCUGGUUGGCAGAUUGCCCCUCAGAGGGUAAGGUGAGGGUCAACCCCAUGGCUCUCUGUGUCCUGGCUGAACUCCCACCCCCCCUGCAGGUGGUGAGCAUCUUUGGACCGCGACAGUCUGGGAAAUCCUACUUGCUCAACCUCCUGGCAGGCGGCACAGGAUUCGCUGUCUCCAGGGAUGGCUCCUCUAAAGAUCCAGGCAUCUACAUGUGGAGCAUUCCUGACCAAAAGGGUGAUGGGCCUACCCUGGUAUUGUUGGACACAGAGGGCUUUGAAGAGGACCUGGCUAUGGAUGGUUCCUGUCCAAUAUUCACCUUGUCUCUGCUGCUCAGUUCAAUCUUCCUCUACAACACCAGGCACCCCCUGAAUCGGGACACACUUGAUCAGCUUCUUCAUGUGGCUAUGUUUACCAAUCUGGUGAGUCUUCCUGACAGAGCCUGGGCAGAUGAGAACCUUCUGCCAGAAUUCAUAUGGUGUGUACGAGACCUGGACCUGGAAAUGAGUCUGGGUGAUGUGGAGUUGAUGCCUGCGGAUUUCUUAGAUGCUGUUCUAAAUGAUGUGGGAGACUAUCAGUCUCCAUCAGGUUUUAUUCAGCAGCUGUUCCCCAGGCACAGGAUGAAGAUUUUUGACUUCUGCCAGCCAAUAAGAGACAGCAGUGACGACAUUGAGAGCCUCUCUCUGAGUGAUCUAAACCCGCGCUUCAUCAAGCAGACAGACUGUCUGAGAAACUGCAUCCGCAGGAGCAAGCCUAAGACAUUCCUGAGCAGCCAGGUUGUCAGUGGAAGAGAGCUAGGAGCCCUCUUGGAGAGGCUUGUGGACAGCAUGUCCAGGGGCUCGAUCAUCCAGCUGGACGAUGUGCUUGAGCAGAGCCAGAGGAAGGUGAUGGAGGAUGUCAUGGAGGCAGCCUCUCCCAUGAUACAGUGCGUCCCACCAAAGACUUACCAGCCAGCAGUGGAAACGGAGAUGCCUCAGUGCAGCGGGUGGGUGAACACAGCACCCAGGAAGAGCUCUAGGAGUCCAAAGCUCUCAUUAACCGGGGAAAAGGAGAGAGGCCUGAUGGACAGGGGGCCAGUGGCAAUGGACAGGCCUGUUUGUCUCAUCGACAACACAAGCGAUGGUGAACUGCAGGUGAACCAGGAGGCCUUGGACAUCAUGAGCUCCAUCAAGCAGCCUGUGGUGGUGGUGGCCAUUGUGGGCAUGUACCGCACUGGCAAGUCUUACCUGAUGAACAGACUGGCUGGGAAGCACACAGGGUUCUCACUGGGUUCCACCAUACGGUCUGAGACAAAGGGAAUCUGGAUGUGGUGUGUGCCUCACCCCUGCAGAGAUAACAUCACACUGGUCCUGCUGGACACUGAGGGUCUGGGGGAUGUGGAGAAGGGAGACCAGAAGAAUGACAACUGGAUCUUUGCACUGGCUGUCCUACUGAGCAGCACCUUGGUCUACAACAGUAUGGGCACCAUCAACAAUGAGGCUGUGAUGACUCUGCAAUAUGUGACGGAGCUGACAGAGCACAUCAAGGUGAAGUCCAGCAGGGAGAAGGAGGAGGAGACGUCCUCUGAGUACAUGCGCUUCUUCCCCUCAUUCGUGUGGGCUGUGAGAGACUUCACCCUGGAAUUGAAGCUUGAUGACAAAAAAGUCACUCCUGAUGAAUACCUAGAGAACUCGCUCAAGCUGAAGCAGGGUUACUCCAAAACAGUCACGCUCAGCAAUGAGGCUCGAGAGUGCAUCCGGAACUACUUCCCCAGUCGGAAGUGCUUUGUGUUUGACCAGCCAACCACUAAGGACAAUCUAAAGAAUAUCGAGCUGCUGAGCGAUGCUGACUUGGACCCUGCUUUCCUCAGGCAAACAUCCGACUUCUGUAGUCACAUUUUCAACCACUCCAGGGAGAAAACCAUGAAAGGUGGCAUCACUGUCACUGGGAGACUGCUAGGGAACCUAGCCGUGACAUAUGUGGAUGCUAUUCGGAGCGGACACAUCCCAUGCCUGGAGAACGCAGUGCUGGCCCUGUCUCAGAUUGAGAACUCUGCUGCAGUGGAGCAGUCACACGCCCUCUACAGGCAGCUGCUGGGAGAACGAGUGGUGCUGCACACUGAGACACAGGAGGAGCUCUCCUGUGUUCAUGAGGGCUGCCUGAAGGAGGCGCUGCAGCUCUUUUUGGAUCACUCCUUUAAGGAUGACAACCAGCACUUCCAGGAAGACCUCAUGGAGAGGAUAAAGGAGGAGUACGAGGGGAAGUGCCGGGAGAAUGAGCAGAUCUCAGAGAAUCACUGUACUGCUCUGCUUGUGCAACUGGAGGACAGUAUGAGGCCUCAGGAAUUCUACAUGAAGCCCGGGGGCUACAACCACUUCAGGAAGGACCUGGAUGACUUUGUUGAGUCAUACAGCCAAGCACCUGGCAAAGGGGUCAAGGCUGAGCAGGUCUUGGAGGAAUACCUAAAGGACAAAAAUAACCUGGGGAAAACCAUUCUGAUGGCAGACAGAAAUCUCUCAGAGCAGCAGCGGCGUCUCGCAGAGGAGCGAACCCGUGCUGAGCUGGAGAGGCAAAAAGUGCAGGCCGCCAGAGAGCAGCAGAGGGUCAUGGAGAGGAGGCUGGAGGACAUGGCCAGAGCACGCAGGGAGAACGAGAGACAGCUGCUGGAGAAAAUGGAGAGGGACCGGAAGGCAGCCGUUAAGGAACACCAGAGAGUUCUGGACCAGAAACUGAGGGAGCAGAGUGCCCUCUUGACGGAGGGGUACAACGAGAGGGCGAGGAGGCUGGAGGGAGAGAUUGCGCAACUACGUCGUGAGGUGAACCAGUCGCGGCGAUCGAGUGGGGGAGGAGGUGGUUGCAUCAUUUCCUAAGGGGCAGCUGUAGUAAGCUCACAAUAGGAAGUGUGAAACAGUCCACUUACUGGUAUGGUUCAGCAAGAAAUUAUUGAUGAUGAUUAUGACAUUAUUGAUUAUAAUCAUGAUUGCAACAUGUUAAUUCAUAUGAUCAUCAAGCUGGGCACAUAUUCACAUUUCUCAGCAUGAGAAGCUGAAGAGUUGUUUAGCCACCAGCCACAUGUGUUUAUGGGUAUAGUAGAACAAAUAUAUGACUUAUUGGAAUGGUUGUUUGUGCAUACCUUAGGUCAUAUUAUUAGAUAAAAUAACAAUUUCAGUUCACUAAUAGUUUAAUUAUCCUUACCAUAUACAGUGUUUGAAACCUUAGUCUCACACAAGUAGG